UUUUUUUCCAGAAGAAUGAAGAAUCCAUGAAAAGGUUGAGAAAGGUCCUUCACAAUACAGCAGGCCUUGCAGAAACAGCUUUUGAAGAACAUGUUUUCCACAGAAGUUUUCUAGUACUGUUUUCUCUAAAGAUCAACGUCAAUGGCAGUGAAACCGGUUCAGCUGCCUUUAGUGGUGCCACUCCAGACUCAGGUACCCACAAGGAUAAGAAGAAUGAAUAAAAAAGUCUUUGAGAAAACACCACAAUAUCUGAAGUCCCGUUUUCAGGGGGAAGGUGUACGCUACAAAGCGAAGCUGAUUGGAAUUGAUGAUGUCCCCAGCGGGCAAGGAGACAAAAUGUGUCGCAACUCCAUGAUGAAGCUAAAGGGAUGGGCAGCAACAGCUCAAUCAAAGGGCCGCCACAAGCAGAGGAUCUGGCUGAGAGUGUCCACAUCAGGAGUGCGCAUCAUUGACGAGAGGACAGGGCACGUGGAACAUGAGCACCAUAUACAGCAAGUCACAUAUGUGAUGAAGGACCGCAGUGACCCACGUGCCUUUGCUUAUGUAUUCUCUCACCCAAAAGGCUACAAACUUAUGUUUAUCAAAACAGCUAAUGUGGCAGAGUCAGUAAUCAUAGACCUCCAGGAUGUGACCCAGAUGCAGAAGUGCACUACACCAGAGCAGGAUGGACAUCACCUGCUGAAUGUCACUGCUACUCCUGCACAGGUGCCCCCUGCCAUGGAUCUUUUUGAUGCUGAACCAUUUCCUUCAGACCAUCAAACCUCCAAGACAUCACCAACUAGUGACCUCUCCCCUCUUUUCCUAAAUGAAAAUCCAUCACUCAUCAUGGGGGAACAGCAAAGUCUCGAUCAGUUGCUGGGCAUUGUCCAGACAGGAAUUUCUCAGAAUGAUCCUUGGGUUAUUUGUAACCUGGUCACUCCAAGUAUAAGUCAGACGACUCCACCUCUUGCCAGUCCAGGGUCUCCUGACUGGUUCUCUGGGUCAUCUGUUUCAUCUGACUCUUGGGGAACACCAGAUGUGUGGACCAAUACACCUCCUGAGAGCCCCUUAUCUCCAUCUGGACCCUUGCCUGCUACUGUUCCUUUUGAGGCCUGGCUCCGAACAACAAACAGCCAACCAUCUCUUGUCUCACCCCAAUCCCCCACCUGGGGGAUACAACUGCAAAAUUCCACUACUUCUGUUCCUGCUGGCUCCCACUUCCCAAGGAUGGUCUCUCCAACCUGGAUGGGUGGCACUGAAUUACAGAGUGACUCUUAUGCAGCCUUAUGCUCCUGGCAACAGGAAGAAAACUUAACAUCCGACUGUUGAAUGUGUGUUCCUUUAAUCUUCACAUCAUUAUGAGACCCACCAUGCAGCUCCAGAUAUUUUUGUCUGAAAUGAACAACAUUAGAAGACACAAAGCAUUGCAGGACCUCCAGGGAAGAGGGUGUUGGUCAAAUGAAGAGGAUGUCAGUUCCCAGUGUCAUGGAAUAAAUGACUGAUGGAAAAUUCCUUUGGAAUAAACAGCCAAGCAAUUGAUCACUUCACAUUACCCACAUUCUCCUUACUGUGGUGGUAACUUUUUAAGAAUACAGAGAUGGUGAAGGCUUUUAAAUAAUAAUAAAGAAGAAUGCACCAUUAUCUAUAUUUGUUUUCUUUUUGCAGCACACAAUUGACU